ACACUCAUGAUCCUUUGAAGAACUCGGCCAUCAUCAAUAGGAGAGCAGAAGCGAGAGUAGUCACGACAUGUUACAUAAUACGUUAUACCUUCCUUGAACUGGUGCGCAAUUAGGAACUAAAUAUUGGUUGUGUGUUUGGAAUUCGCAUCUACUAAUCUUCUAAACAAUGAUGUUAUCAGACCAUAACACAGAUGAGCAGCUACCAGGGGAGCUACCUGAACACCAAGCGAAGGAGCUACUCAUGGAGGUUCGACAUCAAACUAUUCUUCACUGGAAUUAUAGAAGACUAAGAUCUCUCCCGAAGCAACUUUUAGAGGAAGGGUCUCAUAUUCGUCAUAUUUACUUGAAGCGCAAUCUUUUAACCUGCUUACCUGAGAACUUGGGAUCUCUUGCACAACUGACUUACUGUUAUCUCCAUGGGAACUUGUUGAAAGCAUUACCGGAAUCAAUUGGUGAUGUUACGUGUUUACAAGUCUUGGAUGUCGGAAAUAAUAAAAUCACAAGCCUGCCCCAUUCAUUGGCCAAGCUUACUUCAUUAAGGUCUCUGGUGGCAGUCUACAAUAAAAUAACAAGUUUCCCUAAAGACCUGUGUCGACUUCGAAGCCUCUCAGUGCUAAUGCUGAGUGGCAACAACAUAUCCUAUCUUCCGGAGGCCAUUGGAGGACUCACAGGACUUCAGGGCCUCUACAUAGACCACAAUCAGCUGAAGGAAUUGCCACGUUCAUUGGCCACUCUGCCAAUGCUCACCCGUAUCUCCUGCUGUUGCAAUUCUCUGACUCAUCUUCCAGCUGUCACCUUUGUGAGCAGACCCACGAUAUUUUUCGACGAUAACCCCAGGAUAAACUACCUGCCAUUUUCGAUUGUGCAACAGUUUCGUGCUGGUGAAUGCUGGGAUCCUGUUGUCAUGCAGACUUGUGGAUGCUUCCAGGACACAUCAUUAGUCAACAAUACUGUUCACAUCAGUCCCAGAAGAUAUGCAGGGGACAACACCAUGCCAAGCUUAAUGCUGCCACCAGAGAUAUCAAACAUAACAGUAGCCACACACGGUGCAGUUGAGAUUCCCCCCUUGAGAGAACUGUGCCUCCGCUACAUUUGGAAGGAAAAGAAAUAUCCUCGAAACGAAUCCCGCAAGCGAAAACCGUACAAGCUCUUCAACUGUAUAAACUCAACCUCCUUGCCCUCUCACUUAUGUGAGCUAAUAGAGUUGGGACCAAUAGCCAACUGCGAGGCUCCCAAGUGUAGAAUGCCAAUUUUCACCUCAGCUAGUAUAAUUGUGCUGUCAAUUACGGUGACAGCGCGCCUCUACAUAGAAGGAAAUAUUGUUCCCUCUGUUGUUUAUUUCUGUUCAGAUCAGUGUGCUAAGACAUAUGUACAAGAAGUUAAGGCAAUGGUGGAUGAAUUCUCCAUUUGGUUCCGGAACAGAUUAGAGCAAGCAUGCAAUGUUAUUCUUUAUUGAAUUCGUGCAAUAUUUUGGUACUCGUUUCCAGUAAAGUGCAGUUAUUCCAUGCUACAUCAGCAUUCCUGUUUAUCACCUAAGCAUCUUGUAUUGUGAGAACAUUAUUGAAAUGUAUAAUGGAUAGUAAUAUAUGACCUAUUCGUUGAUUAAUGUUCUGUGUUAAAUCUUUAUGGGGGAUAAAAGUUGAUGGUAGGUCCUUUCCCUAUGUAAAUGAUUUGAAAUUGAAGCAUGUUUUCUUGAAUAAUUUUGUAAAGUUUUCCAGUUAUGAGAGCUCUCAAGGGAAGCUGCUUAUGGUUUGCUUUGACAAGGUGAAUAAUUUUAGAUUCCUAGUUAGAAUAUUAUUACAUUAUUUACUUUAUUGAAAGAACUCUUGAUUCAUAUGACAUAUUUAAGUCAUUAAAAAAAUAAUAACUUGCUUCUGUUUAAUGCAAACCACUAGGGCUCUUCACUUCCCAAAAGUAGCUAAUAAACAUAUCAAGAAAAUGGAAAGAGUGACUUGUGUCCCACAUUGCAGACAAUCCUUCUGUGUCUGCUUGCAUCCAACAUGCGCAGCUCAUUUCCUUGCACUAACAAGUCUCAUUUGCAUGUCUUCUAGUGAUAGCGAUGUUUUGACAGCAAUCUUAAUUUCCAACUACAUUCUCUUUCACAAGUAUGUUCCACUUUGAAUUAUUAUUCCAUGACGUUGAUUUUCUUACAAAAUAUCAUCACUUAGAGGGAUUCACAGUUAGGGGAGUUUCAUUAAUUUAAUGGAAUAGGAGGUAUAUUUUGAUUUUAUUCUGCAACAUCAUUUCGUAGGAAAGUACAUAUCACGAUAUAUAGUAGAAAGAAAUAUAAUCAUGAUUUAGGAUUGUAUAUAAACUCCUUUUUCUCAGAAAAAAUAUAUCCAUUCCAUUUUUCAAUAGUUGAUCUAAAUGUUAUAUUAACUGAAUUGGUAGUUUUAUUGUAGAGGAAAAAAUGUCCCAGUAUCUAUAUUCUCUAGGUAAUAAAAUGUGCCAAAUGCCAAAGAAAGCUUUAACAUUGUAAAUGUAAGCAUUAAUUUUAAGGCUUAAAAAAAUGUGCUUAAAAGCAUACCCUCAUCCCCUUGAGUACUAGUAUUUCACACUAUGUCCUUUAGAAAAAUUACUUAACGCAGUCUUGGGAAGUGUAUUUCAAGUGUAUCAAGUAUUCUGCCUGUCUUUUUAGAAGAAGGAAAGUUGGGAUUGUGCAAAUAUAUUUAAGAUACAAGUAAUCUUGUCAUAGAUGUAGAAAGAGAAAGAUAUAAUGUGUUUUACAGUAUAUCAUGAUAUUUGUUUAUUACUCUGUAGAAACUGCAUGAGGUUUUAAGUGUUUCAUGGAUCUUGCCAUCAUAGAACACCUGAAUAUGGUAUGAGUAUUUGCGACAUAAUAAGAAAUGGCAAUAAACACAUUCAUCUAUGCA